AUGAAUAGGCCAGGACCAGGCCCCCAGCCCUUGCGAGGCAUGUCCGGCUUCCCCGCCCAACAACAAGCACAAGCUCGAAAUGCGGCGUUGGCAUCGGCGCGCCUGCCAAACGGCAAACUUGGUAGCGGAGCGAAUUGGAACUUCAACCUACCCGUCAGCGGAACACCGGGGAUACAAGGCAACCAGCAGCGCAGCAUUGGGACGAUGGGAACAUUUGCACAGAGCUUGAGCGGUUCUCAACCUGCUACUCCUCUUGACUUAUCAGACUUCCCUUCGUUAUCUGGAGCGCCUCCGCAAUCGCAAACCCAAAACCCGAGCCAUCUAGUAUGGGCGAACGCCAGCCAACGUGCGAUGCAGCAGACCCCUGUGCAAAGGCCCCAGCAUGCUACCUCCCAAGCACCCUCACGAGCCCCGCAGACUCAAACCCACCACCCGCAGCAGCAAUCGCAACCCUCUCACGACGACGUAUUUCCCUCGGGCGCUCAGUUCGCAAACCGCUUGGACGAUUUCCGGAAUGGUGGACAGGGUAUCAGUGGUCAGUUAGGUGCCGGGGGGCAACCUCAAACCGGCAACAUUGAAGAAUUCCCCCCGCUCGGACGUAAUAUCACUACGGACCUCGGUCAAGAUCGGAGAGGAUCAUUGAUACAAAGUACAGGGCUUGGCAACUACAACGGUGGCCUUUCAUUUACGGGCGUGAGCCAGGCUCAGUCUGCCCAAGCUCGCAACAUGGUCGCUGCGUCGGUAAACGGACAAGAGCGGAUAAUGUCGCCUGCCACUGCAGGAUCAGGGGGUAUUGAAACGUCGCGAUCGCCGGUGAAUCAGGGGUCAAGCAGGGUCCCGGGACAAGAAAAGGAGGAAUUGAACAGCAGUGUAAUAUCGAACCAAAGUGCUUACACCGAACAACAACACAUUAUGCGGCCGCCAGGGUUUCCCGCUACUGGGAAGGAAGCUUCAGGGGCUGCGCAAAGCUCUGAUCAAUUACCACUUGCCGAAAUGAGCGAGCUCGACAAGUUUGGGCUGGCAGGCCUGUUGCGCAUGAUUCAUAGCGAUAACGCUGAUGUCUCAAGUCUCGCGGUCGGACAGGAUCUCAUGACAUUAGGUUUGGAUCUGAAUCAACCAGAACCCUUACAUACGUCAUUUGCCUCGCCGUUCGUUGCCUCCAUGCCAGGAGUUCCUCUGGAGCAAGAUUUCGCUCUCCCGGCGUGCUACAACGUCGCCAAUGUUCAGCCUCUCCAGACACGUAUCCCGAGUUUCAGCGACGAGACCUUGUUCUACAUAUUCUAUAGCCAGCCCAGAGAUCUACUGCAGGAGGUCGUUGCGGAAGAACUCAUGGGUCGGAAAUGGAGGUACCACAAGAUCGAACGGUGCUGGCUUACCCGCGAUGAGACGUACCCCGGUCCUGUUGACGUCGAUCGCGGCGUAAGUGAAAGGGGCGUCUACCUAUUGUGGGAUCCCGCCAGUUGGAAGAAGGUUCGGCGCGAGUUCAUUCUCCGCUACGAGGACUUGGAUAACCGGAUGGAUCCAAACCGGGGUCUUGCACGAGUCGGAUUUCCGCAUAGUUCAUGA